AUGCGAUCUCUUCAGCCAGGAAGUGAGCAUAGUGCCAGAUACGAGUCGGUUGACUCGGCAACUGGCGAGUCAGACGGUCCGGAUGCCAUCGCACAAGAAGAAAAUGUCGAGGAUAGGCAAAUGUGGACGUCCCGGAUCUUGACCAAAUCAUGCUUUGUGGCUUUUGGGGCUACAUUUGCCACAUUUAUUGUCGUCUUGGUGGUCUUAUAUGUAUGGUCUAGCCAGCAUCAAGGUCUCACAGCCACUCGGGAAAGUUUACAUUAUUUGUGGACAUAUGGACCAACUGCCAUUCUUACAAUCUUGGCGGCGUUUUGGAGUCUGGUUGAGUUCCGAACGAAGCAGCUGGCACCGUGGAAAGUGAUGCUAGAUGGGCCGGCCACCGCACAGAAUACUAUUUGUCUGGAUUAUCUGUCGCCCUGGAAUGUAACGGUGUUGUGGUCCUCGCUACGGCAGAGGAAUUUUCCAGUCUCAAUAGCAGUGGCGGGAUCAUUGCUCCUGAAGCUCCUUAUUGUUGUAUCAACGGGCCUUUUCGCUCUACAGCCCAUGGUGCUCCAAGACAAGGCGGCUUCUUUGAUCACACUGGAUAGUUUUGACGGACAGGGAUUUCAGAAUGCGAGUAUUGACUCUCGACCGACGACCAUGGAUUAUGCGAUCAAGGCCUACGGCGCGGAGUAUCCCUUGGGCACAACAGCGCAUUAUGCGUAUCAGACUUUCAACUCCUCGCAUUCUGAAGUCUCGUCGAACGUGUCACUGACUGGCGAGGUGGAUGUAUUUCACGGCGGUCUUUCCUGCAAUGUUUUGCUUGAUAACGUCACGAUGCCUCUUGAGACCCAGUCUAACCACACAUUCCAAGUAGACUCUUCCACCCGGGUCACAAUCAGUGCAGCGCAUGAUGGAGUCGAUCUACACAUUGAUCGUCGUGGCUGCCAAAUAUCAGCGGUCCUUAGAGAGGAUUCAUGGAGGACUUUAUUACCUGACUGUGACAGCGAGACACUCAUCAACUUCACCUCGGACGGAGAUCUUUCAGUGAAGAAUACGCAAGAGCUAUUUCUGCAGACCAGCAAGGUUUUUCGACACCGGAAUUCCAGAAGUAGAGUGCUUACAAUUGUCCACUGUGCUGUGGACUACGGCAUCUACCGCAGUAACUUGACAAUUCAAAAUCAAUUGGAUCCGGUGGUACAUUUGGAUGUUCCACAGUCCCCCGAGCGCACUAAAAGGAAGCUCGCGGGUAUAUCCAAUUCGGACAUUCUCACGAGUGUCCGGAAGGCAACACACGAGAUGCCACAAGAAGAAGUUCCAAAAACUGGAUUUGUUUCGCAGAACAGCAUGUUUUUUAACUUGAUGAAUGUCUCCAGCUCUGAGCCAUUUUCUUCAGCCAUGCUGGGUGGUGAGGUGGUCAAGACGAGCGCUGAGGAUGCUUUCAAUUCCAUUUCUGCCCAGGUGGCCAGAAAUUAUCUCUUGAAGCCAUCUCAUGACCCGUUGACCGGAACGAGUAUAAGCUCUGAAAAUCGGCUGGUUAUGCAGUCCUUGUCGUUUGGGCUCAUGGUGGGAAUUCUGGGGCUCCUGCUCGCUGCUAGUGUUGGGCUGUUCUUCACUGCGCCCCGAGCGGUUUGUUCAAGAGAUCCAAGCUCCAUCGGUGGAUUGGCAACAGUAGUCGCGACAAGCAAGGGACUGCAAGCUUCAUUUGAGGAUACCGGGUCGUGGGACAAUGACAGCAUUGAUCGCGCCACCGCUUCGAGACUAUAUCGUACAGAAGUUGUCCCUGGCCCAUCUGGGGAUGCGCAGUUCAGCAUUUGUGGCAGCGAUGAGGAGCCACUACUCAAGGCGGGCGAUCAUGACAAGACGGAAACUGGAGUGCAAGAAUGGUGGAGACCGUUUUCCGUGACUAUUCCGGCUCAGGUGAUCUGGUUCCUUCUUCCAGCUGGGAUGAUUGUCGCCCUUGAGGUUCUUCUUCAGCAUUCCAAAGCUUCCCAGGCCUUCACUAUGUUUGGCGUGAAUGUGAUGUACGGCAUGAUGGACUUCGGAGCACGGGUCUUCCAACCGUACAGCUUACUGCGGCGACAAGCGGUGCCAGCAUCCGUGGGCAUUCUGAACCAGCAGCUCGGAAAGUUAAGCUUGUCCAGCCUGUACGAGUCCGUAAGGCAGGGCCAAGCUGCCACCGCAGCCACUAGCAUUGCCGUGGUUGCCGGUGUCUUGCUCCCAAUCGCUGUCAGUGGUCUGUAUACCGCGCAGGCGACCACACACCUGACACCCAUCACUGCUUAUCAGGUGGACUCUUUCAACUUCAGUGUUCUGGGUGGGUUGGGUGACCCUCUUUCGAGGCCCUCUCUUAUCCUGCAUUCCAACAUGUCAUCCCCGCAGUGGACCUACGAAGAUUUGGCGCUGAGCGCUAUAAAGCUCCCAAAUGGUAGUGGGAGUGGUGAGCAGCAGAACAAAAGCAUCUCUUACACGGUCACUUUGAAGAUACCUGCGGCCCGAACACAGACAAAUUGCACGGCUCUCGAGGGGUAUCAACACAGGUUCAGUGAAUCUUCUUACGAAGAGGGAGUGAAACUCGAUAUCUCACUCCCAGAGCAUUGUCUAUAUUCCAAAAACAGCCUGAACCGACAGGAGUUGUUCUCCUUCGACUUCCCGUACUCCUAUUUUGGCCGCAUGGAUUACAUGCUUGAUCUUCAAUGGUCGGUCGACAUCGACAACUGCGGUACAUACAUUGCCACCACGGGGUUUGCUGACGAGGAGAUGAAUACCACCGCGACUAUACUGCUGUGUAACCCCUACUUCGAGACCGUGGAUGUAGAAGCUACCUUCGAGCUUCCCAACCUUGCAACUGACCGCAGAAAUCCCCCCAGGAUCGAUGAAAAGUCUUCACGGGUCCACAAAGAGGCAAAAUUGUCCAUCGAGUUUGACGGCUCCUUGUGGAAGAAUUUCAUGCCGGAAAUCCACAUCCGCGACUACCCAUACCCAACAAACUACGACGGGAUCUUCAGCGCCGUCGUGCACGGAGUAGACGGUAUCCUGCCCCCCGAGCUCCUCGACCUGCACAACAUCCCCCGCCUCCAAGACAGCGUGCAACGAGUCUAUGGUAUCAUGGAGGCACAACGUGCCAAUUUCCAGUACCGGCAGAAAUCACCGCAACCACCAGUGGCCGGAACACUGCGCGACCCGAACCGCAUCCGCCUUGUGCAAAGCGAAGUCUCUACACGGAUCCUCGAAGCGCUCCUGGGCAUUAUGCUUUUGUGUGCAAUUGUCACGUUUUUUGCUAUCGACACGAAGGAAACCUUACCUAAAAACCCGUGCAGUAUCGCUGCCCAGGUGAGUUUGCUUGCUGGGUCGGAGAUUUUGAGUACCGGGGUCACUCCACCGGGGUCGGAGUGGUGUAGCGAUGCCCAACUCCGGGAGAAAGGGGUGUGGGAGGGAUUAAUGAUAUCUUUUGGAUGGUGGAAUGUGGAUGAGAAAAGAAGGUUCGGCAUUGGGAUUGGUGAUGCGUGUGGUGGUGAGGAGAGUGACUAUGCAUAG